AUGCAAUUUGUGUAUGUUCUUCCGGGAUGGGAAGAAUCUGUAGCAGACAGUAGAGUUCUUCGCGAUGCAUUAUCUAGAAGGCAUCCACUUAAGGUCCUUAAUGGUUGUUACUACUUAGUUGACGGAGGAUAUGCUAAUAGUGAGGGAUUUUUGGCACCAUUUAGAGGAAAAUAUAAUUCCGAUACAGGGUUUAAGACAGGUUAUUUAUUAGAACUUGAAAGAAUGAUUUUGGACAAAAUACCAAAUUGUACCAUAAAAGCUAAGCCACAUAUUGAGAGUAGAAUUAAAACUUUGAAAAAAGAAUGGGGCAUUAUUCAUGAUAUGGUGCUAGGUAAGAACACUAGUGGGUUCGGUUGGAAUGACCAAAAGCACAUGGUGUAUGCUGAAGAUGCAAUUUGGGAAUCAUACGUAAUUAGUCACAAAGAAGCUGCACAUUUUAGAACAAGAAUCUUUAGGUUUUAUAAUGAGUUAUCUGCAAUAUAUUCUAAAGAUCGUGCAACUGGAAAAGAUGCACAGACAGCAGAUGAUGUAGUUGAAGAAAUACAAGCUAAAGAACAGAAUGAUAUAAGAGCUGACACGGAAGAUAGUGCAUUUGCUGGUUUGGAUGAUAUUGAUUUAACGAGUACACAACCUGAGCCACAAAAUGAUGGUAGAAAAAGAAGUAAUUCAUGUAAGAGAAAGAGAAGUCAUGAUGAAGCUAUUGAGAUAUGUGCUGAGAAUAUGCUUAAUGCUGCGAAGCUAAUAAGCAAUACAAUGUCAGAGGUUGGUAAGAAUUUGUCCGAUGGUCUUCAAUAUGAUCGUGAUAUGGAUAUGUUUCAGAAGCUUGAACGUGCAUUAAAAGAGGUUGAUGGUUUGGCAAAUGAUGAAAUGGACAUUGUUUCGUUUAAGCUCACUGAUCAUCCUAAUAAAGUAACUUUUUUUCUCAGUCUUGAUCCUGAUCGAAGACUACCGUGGAUCAGAAGAUUCCUUGCUAUCAAUUAA